AUGGGUGACUUCCGAGUGAUGGGAAUCAAGUUGGAAUUUAUAUUGUUGUGUACCGUAGUUAAAACUGUUACUAGCACCGGCUUAGGAAAAUGUCCAAUUUAUCCACAGUUCCCCAAUUAUGACAUCAAUCGGAUGACAGGCACGUGGUACGAGGUGGAGCGUUCUUUCCACCUGAUGGAAAUAUCUGCAAGCUGUAUUCAGCUGGACGUCACAUUAAAUGAAAGAGGAUUUCUACUCAUCACAGUCAACACUAUUAAUAGAUGGACAAACGCGCCGUCAAUUAGCUACGGGUUGGGUAUUCCUAGUCAUAACGGCUCGUCUUCCUUCCGUUACAAGUUGAACAACCGUAUGCCGUACAUCAUAGGCCGCAUGCUGCCCGGAGCCGGCCUCUACAACGUACUUUUUACCGAUUACGAACGAUUUGCAAUAAUUUGGUCCUGCACUAACUAUAGUAUAGCACAUGCAGACCGUCUGUGGAUCUUGGGCCGUCACCGGUCUAUAGCGGCAAACACUCGCGCGGUCGUGUACGCGAUCGUCACCGCGCUAGGGUUGGACCCCGACCGUCUGCUGCUUACGAAAAAUAAUAAUUGCACUUCUACAGACCUCACGACUGAUUACGACUGA